AUGGCUCUCAAACACGAAGGGAAAACAGUUCUCGUGACGGGAGGCGGUGGAGGUCUGGGAAGAAAGAUUGCGGAGAACUUUGCCAACGACGGGGCGAAUGUGGUCAUCUGCGACAUCAACAAGGAGCUGCUGGCCGACUUCGAUGAGAAGGUGACCUCUGCUCACCCGAACAAAACCCUCGCGGUGGAAUGCAAUAUCACUUCUCAAGAUGACUUGGACAAACUCUUCAAGCAGGCGGAAGAGAAAUUCGGAACUUUCGACAUCGUUAUCAAUUCGGCUGGCAUAAUCGAUCGCUUCACAUGCCCUGGAGAUAUCGAGCUCGACGAGUGGAACCGGGUGCUUGCUGUCAAUUUGACGGCGCCGACGUUCAUUACCAAGCGAGCGGUCAAUGGGUUUCUGAAGUCGAACAAGAAGGGUUCCAUCCUCAACAUGGCCUCGGUGGCAAGCUUCAAGGGUUUCGCCAAUGGAGUCGCAUACACGGCAUCGAAGCACGCUUUGAUCGGCCUUACUCGAAGCACAGCUGCGUACUAUCGGCUAAAAGGCAUUCGUUGCAAUGCCAUUGCUGCUGGUGCGAUGCAGACGAACAUUGGCAACGUCCUGGCGAACGGCGAUUUCAAUAUGGAAGGCAUGCAGUUGAUGAAGAAGGCCUGUAAGUUGACCAAAGUUCUGCGGGUUAUGGUGGUUGCUGAUUGUUUCGCAGUCGGAGAAUGGGAAGGUGCUGUGGUGGAGCUGGAGAAGAUGGCCAAGCUUGUAGCAUUUCUAUGCUCGGACGAUGCCGAUUUCAUCAAUGGAGGUGAGUGA